AGGACUAGAGUCCCUAUAGAAAGAGAAAGAAAGAAGUGUAAUGUAAAAGUGAAAGUGUAGAGAGAGAGAGAGAAAGAAACAGCACUGUGAAGAACUGCAACAUUAUUAUGAAACAAGAGCAGAAAAAAGCAACAACGUUGGCAAGUUGGUAACGUGGAUUCGUUCAGGUUCUUUUGGGAGAAACAAUCAAAGACAAAGACAUCACCUAAAGGAAGGAAGAGAAAAACAACUCUUCAAAAAGUUGGUUUUGGUUUUGCAGCUUCAACAAGUGAAAUCAAAUGAGUUAAACAAAAAAGUGAUCUUUGAUUUUCAUUCAUUGUCACUCACCAACAAACCCAAGACAAAACAAAAAAGAAAACAAGAGAGAGAAAAAAAAACCAAAUCCUAUAAUGUUUUUUUUUUGUAACUGAAAAAAAAUCAUGAAGUUAGUACUACCUUAUUUUUAUGUGUGUAACUGAAAAACCAAAAACAUGCAUUUAACUCUCAUCAUUUCUGGUUCAUGUUUUCUCUCUCAUGAGUUAUUGAUGGGUUAAUCUAUUAGUGGCUACUUUCAAGGAGCUUCUUCUUCUUCAUCUUCUUCUUCUAUAGUUGUUGUUUUGUUCUUUGUUGUUGGUGAAUGGCACAUCUUGAGUGUAAUCUAAGGGUCCCAGGAGGAAGUUCUCAACAAGAAAAAGGUGUUAAAAAUGAUGAUUUGUAUGAAGAGUUAUGGAAGUUGUGUGCAGGACCUUUGGUGGAUGUUCCUAAUACUGGUGACAGAGUUUUCUACUUUCCUCAAGGUCACAUGGAACAACUGCAAGCAUCCACUGAUCAGGAAUUGAAUCAGGAAAUUCCACAUUUCAAUUUACCGUCGAAGAUUUUAUGCCGUGUCGUCAAUAUUCAGUUGUUGGCUGAGCAAGAAACUGAUGAGGUUUAUGCUUGUGUUGCUUUGCUUCCAGAAUCAGAUCAAACUGAGCCUGUAGAUCCUGAUCCAAAUCCUUCUGAUUCUCCAAAACAGAAGUUUCACUCAUUUUGCAAAAUAUUAACUGCAUCUGAUACUAGCACACAUGGUGGAUUUUCAGUUCUGAGGAAACAUGCUACCGAGUGCUUGCCGCCAUUGGACAUGGCACCAGCAACUCCAACUCAGGAGCUAGCAGCAAAGGAUCUUCAUGGAUUUGAGUGGAAGUUUAAACACAUAUAUAGAGGUCAACCGAGGAGGCACUUGCUUACAACCGGCUGGAGUACAUUUGUCGCAUCCAAAAGAUUGGUGGCCGGAGAUGCUUUUGUUUUCCUAAGGGGAGAGAACGGGCAACUGAGAGUUGGCGUUAGGCGUAUAGCUAAGCAGCACAGUCCUAUGCCUUCAUCUGUGAUAUCAAGCCAAAGCAUGCAUCUUGGUGUGCUUGCUACUGCUUCCCAUGCUGUUAUGACUCGUACCAUGUUUGUCGUUUAUUACAAACCAAGGACUAGUCAGUUUAUUGUUGGUUUGAAUAAGUAUUUGGAGGCAGUCAACAAUCAUAAAUUUUCUGUUGGCAUGAGAUUCAAGAUGAGAUUUGAAGGAGAGGACUCACCUGAAAGAAGAUUUUCUGGCACUAUUGUUGGGGUUGGUGAUGUUUCUGCAGGAUGGUCAAAUUCUCACUGGAGAUCAUUGAAGGUUCAAUGGGAUGAAGCAGCAACAAUUCCAAGACCAGAAAGAGUUUCUUCAUGGGAGAUAGAACCUUUUAUAGCUUCUCCUACUUUGAAUGUCGCUCAAACAUCAGUCAAAAGCAAAAGAUCUAGGCCUGCCGAUGUUUCAUCUUGCGGUUUUUGGUAUCCGGGAUCUUCCCAAGCUCACGAGCACACCCAAUUAACCGGUGCUGCCGAAUUCCAAGGCAAGGAGAGUCAGAUUGUAAGCUCAAGAGUCUUGGUGGAAGGGAUUUGGCCUAAUUCACCACAUUUGAAUGUAACUUCCAACCCUUACGCUAACACAAACAUCGCAUCUAGACCGAGCGAUGGCCUCACAUGCGACCGAGUAGAAGACCCGAAAAAGAACGAGAAUCCUCUAGAUUGUUGGUUAUUUGGAGUUAAUUUGAAUAACAAAAACAAAUCUUGCAGUGUUAAUUCUUGUUUAGAGAAAGAACUUGGAUGUCCAAGUUUAACCAUUGUUACUACAAGUGGUCCCAAAGAAUCUAUUAUCCUUACCACCAACGCAUGUGAAACUGAAAAGGUUCAGAGUCCUAACUAUUCACUGUCCAACAAGGGGCAGCAGAAGAAAAUAAUUUCUGAUGCAUCACCAAAUGAAUGGCAGAACAAGCUGGCUACUGUACCAUCCAUGAGAACAAGGACUAAGGUGCAAAUGGAAGGUGUAGCUGUUGGUCGUGCACUUGACUUAACCAUGUUAAGUGGUUAUGAUGAACUCAUAGAUGAAGUUGAAAAAUUAUUUGAUAUUAAAGGAGAGUUACGUUCACAAAACAAAUGGAGAGUUACUUUCACUGAUAAUGAAAAUGACAUGAUGCUUGUCGGUGAUGAUCCAUGGCCGGAAUUUUGCAACAUGGUAAAGAAGAUUUUCAUUUGUUCAAAUGAGGAAUUAAAGAAAAUGAAAUGCAAGUUACCUAAUUCUUCAUUAGAGAUUGAAGAGACAUUGUUGAGUCUAGAUUCACAGAAUAGGGAUGAGAAUCAACAAACUCAUGUGACUUAACAAACAUGUCACUUUUUUUUUUUUUUUUUUUUGGUUUGAGAAGGGAAAUGGAGUGCUUGAUUUUAUGGAAUUUUAACAUUACAACUUCAAAAUUAUGGACUACAUGAAGUUGGAUUUUAGGUACUCUUUUUGUAAAUAUCCUUUUUUUUUUUGUUGGGUAGGCUAUGCUAUAUAGUGCCAUUAGCUUGUAAACAAAUAUGCAUUUCCCUAUCUAUAAUGGAUUGUGUGUCUUUGAUGUGUUGAAAAAAUCUAAAUA